GAAAGAUCUCUGAAAGCGAGCGUGAAGCUCUGGCACAAGAAUUAAAGCUGACGAAGGAGGCUUUCUUGGAGCUGAAGGGGAAUGUGUAGACCCUAGUGCACAAUGGGAUGAAGGAGCACAUCGGCAACUUCAUCAGCUCCAGCUCGUUUGACAACAUCGUCAACUUAUACCGGCUGCCUACUGCCAUCAUCGCAUUCACGGACUGCAGGAAGAAGGUGAAGGCCGAAUAUCCCGAAGUGGAUAUUACGAAGAUCACCUUCGGAGAGCAAGAAGAAGGAGUGGAGGAAGAUGGUGAAAGCAUAUCAGCAGAUUUUCGUCCUCAGAUCAAACUGAGGUGGGAGGAUGAUGCAAACGGACGUGCUGUUUUCCCUCCACAGCUCGACUUCAAGUUCGUGGCAGUGGAGGAUGAAGGGGCAGAGGUAGAGGGAGACGAGAUGGAGGCAAGAGUGGAGGAAGCUGAAGUGGGUGAGAGCCAACCCGCUCCAGAAGUGGAGAUUCAUCCAGUUCCCUCCGACGAUGAGCAGCCUCCUCUGCCAGACGAGCAGCAGCCAAGACAGCCACCUCUUCCAACCGAAGAGGAGCCAGUGGAGCCACCUCCUCCAGCGGAGAACUAAUUUUGAUUUGUUGUUUUUAAUUUUUUGUAGAACAUUUAAACAGUUGGUAACACUUUUAUUAUGUUUAAUGAAAUUAUGUAUUUGUUUAUGUUUGGUUUAUAUUUUUGUUAUGUUUUAUGAAUGAAAGAACUGAGAGUAU